UCUCGUUGAUUUUUUUACGUCACAGGGGCCUAAUUUUGUUGUCGAGUGUUUUUAAAAUUUGGUAACGAUAGUUGUUUUGUAAAUAUUGAGGAUAAUUAUAAGAAAACUUAGCUAUGUCUGAUAAAAAUGAUGAAUGGUCAGGUGGAGGUGGGAAGAAAUUGGUGGAUAAUACAGCUACUGCUGCUAUGAUAUGGCUAUGUCUGUCGGCAGCGAUUGGCCUACUUCUCCUAGCAUUGUACUGGUUAAACAACAAGAGCAAAAAAAAGACCACCAGAACAACCAUAAUUGCUGGCACUCAGGCAGAGACAGGAGCAAUGCGUGCCCAGACUGCAGGGGGUGUGCGAAGAAGACCAAGGACUGGCAGACAAAGAAUGAUGGCAAGACGCCCUGAUUAUGACUUUGAUGAGGAGGAUGAGGAAGACACCAUCCUGAAUGAUUCUGAUGGUGAAAUGCCCGUUGAUGGUACUCAAGUACCUUGGCAGGAUGACGAGCCAGCAGCCAAGAUAGGUACAAAGAAACUCAAGAAAUUGCAAGAAAAAGCAUUCAAAAAGGAGCAAAGAGAGCUUGAACAAAAAGAUAGAGAGGAAAGAAAGAAACAAGAAGAGCUAAGACGAAAAGAAUUAGAGGAGGAAGAUGAAAAGCAAAAAGAACUGGAGGAAAAACAGAAAGAAGAAGAAAGACUUUUGAAAGAAGAGCAAGAGAGGAAGGAGCAUGAAGAAUAUCUUCUCUUGAAGCAAGCAUUUACUGUAGAAGAAGAGGGUGAAUCUGGCGUAUUAUCUGAGCAAGAGUCCCAAGCACUUCUUCAAGAGUUCAUCGAUUUUAUCAAGGAAAAGAAAGUAGUAAUGCUUGAAGAGCUGGCUGCACAAUUUGAUUUAAGAGUUCAAGAGGCAAUUAAGAGAGUAGAUGAUCUGCUAGAGCUUGGCAGGUUGACAGGCGUUAUGGAUGACAGGGGCAAAUUCAUAUACAUUUCGCAACAAGAGUUGGAAGAUGUGGCCAGAUACGUGAAGCAAAGAGGAAGAGUUGCAAUUACAGAACUUGCGGAAGCCAGUAGUACGCUUAUUAGUUUACAGCGAGAAAAGACCAAUAAUGAACCAAGCACCCAGCCUAUUGAAGUAUCAUAGUUGAUGCCUUCAUUAAUUGUGUUAUGAUAUUGAUGCACGUUCUUUGUGUUGUA